AUGUGGGGAGCAGGAGUUCAACUUGUUGUUUUCUUUAAGAUUGUACAUGCAGCAGAAGAACCUUGUGAAAUUACGUUCGAGGAAGUGAGUAUAGUUAAGCAGGUCCCAACAUACAAGAAACAUUGUCAUGUGGUGGAAGACACGAAAUGCAAGACAGUGUUCAAAAAUGCAUUUACAACCAGUAUGGAGACACAGUGUCAACCCACAUUUGAAACUAAAUGUGAUCCUGUCAUCUCUACAGCUUACGAACAACAGUGCAAAACUAUUACAGACAAGGAAUGUCGAAUAGUUCAUGUUGAGCAUAUGGGUCAACACGAGGAGAAAACUAUCUGUACUGAAGUACCUAAGGAGAAGUGUGUUCCUGUUCCUGUAAAGAUAGAAGGAGAGAAGUGUGUAAAUGUUCCUGUUCAAACCUGUCAAAAUGUUCCUGUUACUUCUCCUGUAGAAGUGCCGAAACAAGAGUGCUGGAAGAGACCUAGAAAAGUAUGUCAGACCCUGGUGAGCCUAAAACCAAAGGUUGUUACAGAGAAUAUACCCAAGGAGGUUUGCCAUGAUCCCGAGGAAACCCAUAGAAACUUUCAGAAGAAACCAUUCUUAGCUGGUAUGCUUGACCCUCAGCAACGUCAGCCCGGUCAGCAGGAGACUUUAACGCCAGGAACUGUGGAAAAUACCGAAGAAGACAUUAAUUCAAGCCUCUUUAGUGGCGAAGAGCCUCAAAGGGAUUUUAGCAGAUUUCCGAAAUUCAUUCAGCAACAGCUAAUGGCGCAAAUGUACCAACAGCAAAAGCAAAAGUUUCAACAGUUUAAACAAGCUCAGCAAGAGAAAUCUCAACAGCUACAACAACAGGCACAGCAGGCACAGGAGUUGCAACAGGCACAACAGCUACAAAAGGAUCAACAACUACAACAGGCUCAACAGCUACAACAGGUUCAACAGCUACAUCAGGCUCAACAGCUUCAGCAGGCUCAACAGCUGCAGCAAUCCCAACAACUAAAAGCACAGCAACAGCAAUUUUUUAUAAAAAGACAGCAAGCUCAACAGCAACAACAAGAGAAACCGAAAGAACAGGUUUUACCAAAUCAGGACACAAAGAAAACUCAGGGAUUUCAAUACAAGUUUCCGGAGGGAACACUUUUUGGAUCUAAUCCAGCCGCAUUUACCCAGCAAGGGUUCCCCAAAUUUGCCGGACAACAAGUAAACCGGUUUGGAGAUGUACCCCAAGAAUCUGAAUCUGGUGCCGCGGACACUUUCGGGGAUUUCUAUGGUGAAGACGACAUGUUCAAACGAGAAGAGAGAGAAGGAAAAGAGUUGAAUGAGUACUCAGACGAUGCUAGAAGCUCGCCACCAAUGAUAAAACCAGGAAACCCAGCAAAUAACAUUUAUCCAACAUGGAACAGUGCAUCCCUGAGUUCUGGUUCUACACCCUCCCAUGAUGAUUAUUAUGAAAACUACGAUGAGAGGGAGGAUUAUCAGGUUUACAAUGACAAGGGGUUUAGAAGAAGAAGUUUGGAAGAUGCUUCUGUUACUGAUGACAAGAAGCUUGAUGCUUCUGCAGCAAUAAAAGAAAGCAUCGAUGCUCCCUGAGCAGGAUAGAAAACCAGAUCAAAGAUUUUAUAAAUCUAAACCAUGCUUAGAUUUUUAUAAUUUAUUUGUUUUGUUAGUUCUAAUAGCUCGUUUUUUAUCUACUUUCUAUAUUUAAUCAAUUAAAAUUAAAACUAUUUAUUUAGAUAUUAUCUAUUAAAACAUGUUAACUAUUGUUUUAAGCUUUUAUUGUUGUUAUUGUUAAAUA